AUGACAAACAUAGUUGAUGAUGAUACUCAAUCUAUAGUCGUUGGAUCUGGUAAUGAUCGAAUUGCCAUUCAUCUUAAACAAGGAGCAACAACACAAUCACAAUCAUUGCUUCUUACAUCAAUAUUAAUUGAAAUGGGUGAUAUUGAAAUACAAAUUCGUCGAUCAACUAAAACAACAGAUGAAUAUAAAAAAGAAAAUAUGUUAUCAACAUCUGGCCAAACACCAUCAAUUACUUUUCAAAAUGGUGAUUAUGAAAAGAAAAAUAAAGUAGAAGAAAAACCAACUAAAAAUCAAGAUUAUUGGGAUUAUUCUUUAUCUUAUGGACCACAUAUGUGGGGUAGAAUUUUUCCACAAAUUCAAUGCAAAAAAUUUCAAUCACCUAUUCGAAUAUAUACUGAACAAUGUGAAUAUGAACCCGAACUUUUUCAACAUCCAUUUAUAUUUGAUGUUGAUGAAAAUUGUUGUCAAACACUUGAAAAUACAGGUCAUUCAUUUCAAGUAACUGGUAAAGGUUACAGUCAUAUUACCGGUGGUCCUGUUAUGGAUGAAUAUCAAUUUUUACAAUUUCAUAUGCAUUGGGGAACAAAUGAUCUUGAAGGUGCUGAACAUGUUAUUGAUGGUGUUCGUUUACCGGGAGAAUUACAUAUUGUAACAUGGAAUACAAGUAGAUAUAAGACACCUCAAGCUGCUGCUUCAUCAGAACAAUUUGAUGGUUUAAUGGUUUUUGGUAUAUUGAUUAAAAUUAUACCAACAGAUAAUGAAGAAUUUAUUAAAUUAUUUGAUCUUCUUUCAAAAAUUACUUAUAAAGAUGAAAAAAUAAAUCUUAAUAGUGGAACUAUAUCAUUAAAAAAUCUUAUACCAAAAGAUAUGCAAGCUUAUUAUACAUAUGAUGGUUCAUUAACUACACCAAUGUGUUAUGAAAGUGUUCGUUGGAUAGUUUUUCGUGAAAAAAUGGGUCUUUCAAGACGUCAAUUUGAUCAAUUACGUCAAUUAAAAUAUAUAUGUAAAGGUGAUCAUACAAUAAAUGGAAAUUUAUGUCAAAAUUUUCGACCUGUAAUGCCACUCAAUGGACGUAUGGUAUAUCGUUCAUUUUAA